AUGAAGAUCUCCGCUGCCCUUUCCACUGCCCUGCUGGCCGUUAGUGCCGCUGCGUUUGACAAGAACCAACCCUGGGGCAAACGCGACUACAACUGUGUCAACGUCUUCCAGGGCAUCCCCGACAACUCGACCGUCGCUCCCGGCGCUGAGAUCAACAUCAAGUUCAACCGCAACUCCAAGAACUGCGACGAGUCUCUUGGCCAAUACCCAGGAGCAAAUUACACCAUCUAUCUCUACAACAACCCUGUUAGAAACUUGGAUGUUAUCCAUUUCGACCGUGAACUCCCGAUUAAGAAGGAUAUCCCCGAGAAGGACGGUGCUGUCACGAUCACCAUUCCGUCUCAGGAGGAGCUUGGCACCGUCGCGGACGACAGCGUUUGGUAUCUCCGUCUCUCUACUAGCUUGAACACUGCCCCCCAGAUGCCUACUCUCUUCAAUGCUGCCGGUCCUUUCGCUAUUCGUGCUUAA